AGUACUCUCCACACACAGAUGUUUCUCAAAGCUUUAACUGAUUGUCAGACUACUGUUCUGAUGUGGAUUUGUACUCUGUUCUUUUCCAGUUCUCCUCCACAGCUGACUGAAACUGACAGUUGAACAUUGGCUGGUUGACUGAGGUAUUCUCCAUCCAUCUUCCACUAAUCCAUUGUUUUCCUUGCAGAUCACGCUUACAGAUACACAGACAGAGAAACUGCUAAGAUAACUGUGUCUCAGAUAGAUGGCUGACAAGCAGAUCAGUUUACCUGCCAAAUUGAUCAACGGGGGAAUUGCUGGACUGAUUGGUGUGACAUGUGUAUUUCCUAUUGACCUAGCCAAGACCCGUCUCCAGAACCAGCAAAAUGGUUCCCGUCUCUACACCAGCAUGUCAGAUUGCCUUAUCAAGACCAUCCAAUCAGAGGGGUACUUUGGCAUGUACAGAGGUGCUGCUGUGAACCUGACUCUGGUCACUCCAGAGAAGGCGAUCAAACUAGCUGCCAAUGACUUCUUUAGACAGCACCUGUCCAAGGAUGGUCAGAAGCUUAGCCUGCUGAGGGAGAUGCUGGCGGGUUGUGGUGCUGGUACAUGUCAGGUCAUCAUCACCACUCCCAUGGAGAUGCUAAAGAUUCAGUUACAGGAUGCAGGGCGGAUAGAGGCUCAGAGGAAGCUGAUGUCCCAGGCUGCAGUUAGGGCCCCUGGGGGCCCAGUGGAGUUGAGGUCCCAUACAGCAAUGCAGCUCACCCGGGAGCUGCUGAGGAGCCAGGGCAUUGCAGGGCUCUACAAGGGCCUGGGGGCCACACUCCUGAGGGACGUGCCAUUCUCCAUAAUCUACUUCCCCCUGUUUGCCAAUCUGAACAGUCUUGGUGGCCGUGGGGCUGAUGGCCCCGCUCCCUUUUAUGUGUCCUUUGCAUCAGGCUGCAUCGCUGGCAGUACAGCUGCUGUGGCAGUUAAUCCUGUGGAUGUGAUUAAGACCAGAAUUCAGACCAUGACACGGGGAAGUCAGGAGGACACCUACGGCGGAGUGACAGACUGCAUCAGGAAGAUUCUGCGCCAAGAGGGUCCCUCUGCUUUCCUGAAGGGGGCGUACUGCCGUGCUCUGGUCAUUGCUCCCCUCUUUGGCAUCGCACAGGUGGUCUACUUCCUGGGAGUGGGAGAGUUCCUUCUCAGCUUCCUGCCUCAACAGAACAACUAGUAUUGCACUCUCACACACAGCCCACAUUGGAGCCAGGUAAUCUGUCACUUUCCUUUCAGACACAGCCCACAUUAGCCUAAGGAGCCCUAAGGAGUUAGUCAGAGAGAGACAGAACGGUGUGUGUGUUCUAGACCAAAGUUUGUUCUCUGCACCUGUUGAGGGUGUUCUGAUAGGUCAUCAUUUAUUAUAUCCCCUACCUGAGAUGAAUUACAGUAAAUAUUUACAUUUAGGUCUUUUUUAUAACUAUAUGAUAAUAAUUCAAUAUCAUUUCAAGUGUACUUUUAGUUGUGCUUUAUCAAGGUUUUGUCAUGGAAUUCUCUUUAUUGUUUUUACUAAGAUGAUGAAAUCAUGAUAUAUAAAUCUGUCAAACAUGACUGUACUGUAAUAUCUUCUGUCUGUAUUGAUGCUAUUUUUUGUUGUGGUUUUGUGGCUGUUUUGCACAGCUUCUGUACCUCUUUCCAAAUGGUGUUUCCCUCUUCAUCCAUAAAGAAGCUUUAGAAUUGCAUUCUUCUUCCAAGAAUGCAUUGAGUAUUUCAUCACAGUGAUACUAAGAUCUGAUCUGAGGUGUAUUCACUAUUCAGGAUUACCAAAGAUAACAUAAGAUGUUGGCAGAUGUUGGAAACGAUGUACUGAAGCUGUGGGCCUUGAAAGAGUCAACAUUGCCUGCAGAAAACGUCACUGGUUGGUGACAUUGGUGACUACACACCAAACACAAUUAGUUCCCCAGCCACCAUGUUGGCACCAUUUUGUAACUAGAUGUCAGUUCAGGGACCUGCCUGAAUUUGUCCGAUAGAGGACAAAUGCACGUCCAAGCACCUCUUCCCUCCCCUGUAGAUAUGGUGGGUGUUGGGUUAUCAGUUUGGAGUUGUGAAUAUGGAUGUGCACUGAAGGUGUAAAACAGACUGACAGCUAUUGUAUUAUUCAUUUGAGGUAAAAUAAGAACAGAAAAAAAUGUAUUCCUCUCGUAUAUAUUGCUGUCUGAAAAAAAUGAAUGGGAUUGUGCUACCUGUGUUGCCUUAUGAUUCUUUCUCUCUAUUUGUGUGACAGCCUUUGGUGUGUGGUUGGUCCUCAUUCUACCGUAACAAGUCUCAAGGAAAUCUGAACAUUUCCCCUACUGUGGUAACCAAGGAAACAAUGGAGGGAUUGUUUGAUGCAUUUGCUUCACCAAAUUAAUCUAUCUCAGUAUCUCGCUGUCUCUGUCGGCCUGUCUCAUUCCUACGGAACCAUGUGUCCAUCUAAUAGCCAGAUUCUCUAGUUCACAUGGGCAUGGCUAUCCUUGUGUCCUGUUGCUUUCUUGGCAUUGUCUCCUUUGGAGGAGAUCCAUUUCCCACCUGCAGUGUUUGUCUUUCUCUACUCCCAUGGAUACCACUCAGAUCCCAUUUCAAAACAAGCAAGCAGAGACACUGUGUACAGAGGACACAUUAUUUACACCUUCCGUUGUUAUGUGGUUAUUACGGUGUUAGCAUCUGUCCAGUAGAUGGAGCAGCUGCAAGCCGGCAUGCAUUUAAUGUAUACUACAUUUCAUAGAAUUUAAUACAAUUACAAGAAGGAUAUGUUAUGUUUGUACUAUGAUUAUUAUUGAUAUGAUUAAUUAUUAUUAUCUAAUAUGUUAUUAUUAUGUACUUUGUAUGCUGCACAGGAAAAUAUGGCUAAUACAGGGUGGAGUCAAGGAACAGGGUAAACCGAUAAGAAAUCGGAAGAAGGGAAGGGAGGGGAAGAGGGAGAGAUGAGAGAUGGGGAGAUCGAGGCACUCAACCAAAUCAGGGCAUUGAUUACAAAAGAAGUGAGUGCCUGGAGGGUGAGAAUCUACUGCCAAGGCCUGUCAAACACACACAGACCAGAGGGGAUGUAGAUGCCCCGCCAUCAUUUAGAUCAAUUUCAUCAUAUCAAUCUAGAUCCAAUUUAUCGUAGGCCUACUGUUACAGGCAGUGCCAUACAUUUCACUUUCAUAAGACUUAAAUUGCCUUCCUAGUGAUCAAUUAGCUUAUUUACUCUGACAUUUCAUGUGUUGAGAAAUUACAUUCUCAAGGGGCAUUGCAAUAGCUAUAUUAUUCACUCUGUUCCAGGGGAAUAGGAGAGUAUGGUGUGUAAAUGGCUCGUGAAAUGACCUCUACCUUCUUUGAUGGUGUAUACCGAGCAGGAAUUGUGUCUCAGGGCUAUGAAAGUGGAAGAAAUUUUACCAGCAAGUGUGGCUGAAAUGUGUAGGAAUAUCUACUGUAAGCGAUCUAAAUCUGUUAUGGUUCUGUAGUCAUUAUUUGCAAUCUACAGUACAGUAAAUGACACUGGUCACCAACAAUUAAUUUACUGUAAAAUGUACAUAACAUUUUAGAAAACUGCACUUUAUAGGUCUACAUCAGCUUAUUGCCCCAUGCAGAUUGGUACUGGGGCAAGCUGGCGGCUGCAAAAUGACAUAAUGUCAAUGAAAACCCUUGAUGAUCAAAGCAUUGUUGAAGUUGCGUUGAUGAAAGAGUUGCCUUGAGUUCAGAGGCGACAGUGUGACAGGUUAAUUAAUAUUCAUGCCAGAGAUGAUGAUGAUGGGAGAGAGAGGGGGGGGGGAGCAAGUGCUACGAGAGAUGCAGUCAGGGGUAUUGGAGUAUUUGUUUGAGAUCCAGUGUGUAGCUCUGAGUGGGCUGUAACCUACACUCCAAAAAAUGCUGGGUUAAAAGCAACCCAAUUUGGGUUAUUUGGUAACCCUGCGCUGGGUAAAUAUUGGACAGACCACAUGCUGGGUUAUUUUGACCCAGCCAGUUGGGUUGCGUUAAUAACCCAACAUGUUGGGUUGUUUGGAUUAGCAAAUAUGGGUUAAUUCAACCAUCAAUAGUAUUUUUAUUCACUUUUAUGCUGGGUCUUUUUUAAUGUAAUUCUAGGUUAUGUUAAGGAGCCUUGGCCUAUUAUGGGUGUGGCUUUAAUAUAGUUAUUUUUGGCCAUCCAUGAGAGUAAAUAUCACUCCUGUUCAUCAUUUUAAGUUUGUAUAUUGCAAAAUAAAAUGUUUCUUGAAUAUUGUUGCAAAUUACACAUUUUAAUCUAAAAUGAAUAACAUUAUAAUGGCAGCAGGUAGCCUAGAGGUUAAGAGCGAUGGG